CAGCUACCUUCCCCUUAGUGAGUCUUUGGGAGGUUUCCCCAAUUACGUCAAAGUCAAAGCUCCGCCCACUCCGGGGCGGACCCACACCCGGAAGCUCAGGCGGAGCUGACCGCAGCUGUGGAGUGCGCGGGCGGCACAUGGAGCGAGAACCGGGAUUGGGGGAGGUGGCUCCUGCCCCUGCCGGAUCACCAGCCGUGACCGUAACCUUGCUCCUGAGCUGGGGGGCAAAUAGCUACGGGCAGCUUGGCCUGGGCCAUAAAGAGGAUGUGCUUGAGCCCCAACGACUGAAUGAUUUCUGUGACCCCAAACAUAUAAGGAUGCUGACAGGAGGAGGGGGACACUCAGCUGUGGUCACAGAUGGAGGGGAACUUUUUGUUUGUGGCCUGAACAAAGAUGGGCAGUUGGGACUUGGUCACACUGAAGAUGUUCUGUCUUUUACCCCUUGCACCCUACUGGCUGACUGUCCUGUCCUUCAAGUGGCUUGUGGCUGGGAUUUUACAAUUUUGCUCACAGGAAAUGGACAGGUUCUGUCCUGUGGCUCAAAUGCAUUUGGUCAGUUGGGCCUUCCUCCAGGGGCCAGAAGACAAGUGACCCCCCAAGUCAUAGAGCUCCUGAGUGAGAAGGUCGUGUGUAUUGCAGCUGGAAUGCGGCAUGCUCUAGCCGUUACAGAGAGUGGCCUGGUAUUCCAGUGGGGCACAGGCAUGGCAUCACCAGGGCGGCGGGCAUGCCCAGAGAAGCCUCUCCCAUCAUUUCUGACAGCUAAGGAACCUUGCAGAGUGACAGGUUUGGAAAAUUUAAAAGUGAAGACAGUGGUUACUGGUUCUUGCCAUUCAGCAUCGUUAACAGAUGAAGGAGAAUUGUACGUUUGGGGGAGUAACAAACAUGGACAGCUAGUGAGUCCAGCUACUUUUCUUCCCAAGCCCCAGAAAAUAGAAGCCAGCUGUUUCCAGAAUGAAAAGGUCGCCAUGGUGUGGAGUGGAUGGACACACUUGGUUGCCCAGACAGAGACCGGCAAGGUGUUUACCUGGGGCCGUGCUGACUAUGGUCAACUUGGGAGGAAAGUGGAGGUGGACCAGAAAUGUAAAGGAGAACAUGAAUUAUCCCUGUCCUGCACCAGAGCGCUGACCGCCAUUCCUUCUUCCCUUCCUUCCUUAGUAGGAGCGACUCAGGUAGUAUGUGGGUCUGAGCAUAACCUGGCUGUGGUAGGAAGCAUGUGUUAUUCCUGGGGCUGGAAUGAGCAUGGCAUGUGUGGAGAUGGCACCGAAGCCAACGUCUGGGCCCCGAAGCUAGUGGAAUCUCCAAGUUUAGCCCUGUGGCUACGUGUGGGUUGUGGUGCUGGUCAUUCUCUUGCUCUUGGCCAGAGCCCAGCUUCCCUAUCAUUGUGCUGGAACCCCUCAGGAUCCAGAAUCAAGCCAGAUCCCCUGGAGAACUCACAGCAAGAAGAAACAAAGGAAAGAAGCAUAAACAUUAUUCGCACACCAAGUAUAUCUUGAAGUAGGGAGUUUUGUGUUUAAAGGGCCUUUUAAUAAAAUUGAUUUGGACAGUUA